AUGAGAGACGAUCUUAUAGUUUUCGUGUUAGAGAGCUUAAUAAAUGUGGUGAAGGAAGAAGCAAGUUUGCUUGGUGGAGUGAAAGAUCAAGUGACAUCGCUUCAGAACCAUCUUCAAAUGAUAAAUGCUUUCCUCCAAAACUCCGAGCAAGAACGAGAUGAGAGCGACGUUGUGAAGGAGGUUUUCAUCGACCAAUUGAGAGAUGUUACCUUUGAAGCUGAAGAUGUUAUAUACGAAUACAUGGUCCACGUUAUAAUGCAAAAGAGGAGGAACGUGGUAAAAAAAUCACUCCAUUUUCAUGAUCUUCAUGAUGUUGCAGAUACCAUAACAUCCAUAGACAACAAGAUCGAACAGAUUCUGAGGCACAAAGAAACUUAUAUCACCAGAGGAGCUUUACAAGCAGAUCAUGAUCAUGAUGUUAAGAGAUAUUCACUUGACAGAAGCAAAUCAAAAGUUGAGAGAGAUGAUUCAGUUGGAUUUUCCCACCAUGCAAACAAUUUGAUAGACCAGCUUCUUGAUGAAAAGAAUCAACAACGCGAUGUGGUUUCGAUCAUCGGUAUGGGUGGCUCGGGAAAAAGUAAGCUUGCUAGAAAAAUCUAUGACAUUGUUGGUGUUGAUCAUGGUUCCUUUGAAUGCUGUGCUUGGGUUUAUGGAUGUCGAGAAUUCAAAUACCGAGACUGGUUGCUGGGUAUAUUGAAUUGUCUUGUAUCGCGAAGCAGGAAAAAAGAAACGGAAGACAAGUCCGUUGAUGAACUGAAAGCUACUCUUCUUGAUUGUUUGCAAGGAAAAAGGUAUUUUGUUGUCUUGGACAACAUGUGGAAGACAGGAGUUUGGAACAUCAUAAAAGCAGCUUUUCCUGACGAUUCAAAUGGAAGUAGAAUAUUAAUCACAUGCCGUGAAAAGGUAGUAUCCAUGGAGGAUAGUAGAAUUCCUCCUUAUUUUUUGCCAUUUCUUGACGAAGUUGAAAGUUGGGAACUCUUACGCAAUAAAGUAUUUCAAGAAGAACAAUGCCCCAGUGAUCUCGAAAUCAUUGGGAAGCAACUUGCACAAAGUUGUAAAGGAUUACCACUUUCAAUUGUUGUAUUGGCAGAUCUUCUAAAGCAUAUAGAGUUUUCUCAUUGGACUUGGUCUAAUUACAUUGGAAAUGUCAAUUCCUAUCUCACUGAGGAUAAAACUAGAUGCUUAGAUGUUAUGGCUAAGAGCUACAAACAUUUGCCUAAACACUUGAAAUCUUGCUUUCUAUAUCUUGGUUCGCUACCAGAUGGCUUUGAAAACCCUGCAAGGCAGAUAAUGGAACUUUGGUCGGCUGAGGAAUUCAUACAAGCAAAUGACACGAGGGAGGUAAUCAAUGUUGCUGAAGAGUACUUGACAGACCUCGUUAAUCGAAGUUUGGUCCAAGUCUCGAGUAGAAGAACCGAUGGAGGUGUGAAGACAUUUCGUAUCCACGAAAUGCUACGAGAGCUUGCCAAAUUCGAGAGUGUCAGAGAGAAGUUUCUUGAGGUUCACUCAACUGCCAGGCCUAUUAAUUCGUCUAUGGGCUGCAAAGUUCGAAGGUUAUCCAUACAAGGUAACACGUCUCAAUACUUUGCUUCAGACGCUUAUUGUAAUCCAUCAUUAUCUGCUCGUUCUUUGCUUCUUUUUGGUGAAAGAAAUGUGUUUGAGACAAAACAAUGGCAAAGGGUUUUCAAGAUCUUUAUUUAUAUCCGGGUAUUGUAUCUUUGGGAGGUUCACGUGAAUUCCAUUCCAAAAGAAAUAGAUAAUCUGAUUUCUCUAAGAUACAUUAGGAUUUGGAGUGAUGGAUUGCUAACAAUUCCAUCAAUCCCAUCUUCUAUUUGCAAUCUUGGGUAUUUAGAAACAAUUGAUAUAAGUGGUGAUGUAAAAGAGUGUAUGCCAAAACAUAUUUGGAGAAUGAAACAAUUAAGACAUUUGAGAGUUUCUAAACAUCUCAGGUUGCCUAAACCUUCAAGAAGAACAGGUCGACAUGAAAAUUUGUCGAACCUUCGAAUCCUUUCGGGUCUAGUUGUGGAUAAGAAAACAAAGUUUCUUAUGGCUCAGCACAAAUUCCCAAAUGUAAAGAAACUUCAUUUAGUGUAUGAUAUAAAGAUGAACAUGAAUGAAGCUGAAGUGGCACAAGUAUUGGAAAGCCUUAACAAUUUAAGACAGCUCAAAUGCUUGAAACUGAUUGGUUUUGCCAAAUUCGAACCUCGUCCAAAUUUGUUACCCUCAACAAUUGAGAAGAUAACGUUUAUAAGUUCCUAUUUGGAUUCAGAGCAUUUGGAAAUCCUCGGAGCACUUUCUAACCUUCGGAUACUUAAGAUAAGAAAAACAUAUGGAUCAAAUGUGCCUAGCCUUCUGAUCAGAUGCAUCAAUGGUGAAUUUCCUAAUCUCGAAGUGUUUGAAAUGAUGGGACUAAGAGUUGAAACAUGGGAAUUGGAAAAGGGUGCGAUGCCGAAUCUUCAACGAUUGGUAAUCAAGGAAUGUUAUGAACUUAGAGAUCUGCCAAAUCAAGUUUACAGCUUAACUAAACUGCAAGUGGUAGAGGUUUCGAGGAUGUCAGGAUAUUUCACCAGGAGACUCAUGGGACUAAAUAAGAAUAAUGUUGUGUUUAAGCUCCUGAUUGAUUCUAAUCCAUGA